AUGCCAGUCUACAAUGUUAUGAUCUGCAACAGUAGUGGUGGCCUUAUAUUUUCAUGGUCAUACAAUAAAGACGCUCCUCUGCUCGAUUCAAACGAAGUUAUUAUCAUCGGAUCAACACUUCACUCACUUCAUGCAAUCUCAGUCGCUAUUUCUCCAACACCAAAAUCAUCCGGCUUUACCGAAUUAGAAUGCACAACAUGGAAGGUAUCCGUUCUUCAAACAAUUACUGGCUUAAAGUUUAUGGUGUUUACAGAUACAGGGUUUGUAAAAUCCCAGGAACUCUUAAAGGAAAUCUAUGGAGUUUAUGCGGAUUAUGUUCUCAAGAAUCCAUUCUAUCAUCUUGAUAUGCCUAUUGCAAACUCUUGUCAAAAAUUUGUUACUGAAGUUGCCAGCGUUGUUGACAAAUAUGGUGCUUAA